AUGGACGGAUCCACUGACGCUCCAAUUCACCAUCCAACACCGCCCGCAAUGAGCUGGAAACGCCAUUUCAACGGAUCUGUCAUCCGAGACGAGCUGUACUUCCCCUGGUCGGCUCGAGACAAGGCCCGAGACCAACAAUCCAAAGAUCCCGUCUACCAGGACGCCGAGGCGGCCGAGGGUCUGCCUGGAACCCAUUAUGACGCCCAUGUGGAGGAUGUCAACGAAGACGGCACCCCUCGAACUGUGUGGGGCAAAAACGGAAAGGCCUGGCCCGUCAUGACCGCCGGAGCAGGUCUUUUCUCCGACGGAUACGUCAACAACUCCAUGGGAACUGUCACCACCGUUCUCAAGCGAAUCUACGGCAAAGAGUACUCUGCAAGCCGAAAGUCGCAGAUUCUGCCGGCCAUUGUGUUUGUGGGAACCGUGGUGGGCAUGCUGGUGUUUGGCUACGUUGCUGACUACCAUUCCCGAAAGCUGGGCAUGGUAAUCUCCACCAUGAUCCUCAUCAUCUUCACCAUUCUAUGCUCGGGCUCGUGGGGAGCUGGAGGCAAAAAGAACAUGGACGGAAUGUUGGCGGCACUCAUCACCUACCGAUUCUUCAUGGGUAUCGGUCUGGGAGGAGAAUACCCGGCCGGAUCAGUGGCCUGUGCAGAAGCCUCGGCCAUCAUGGGUCGAGGUACCCGAAACCGAUGGUUCAUUCUCUUCACCAACUUUAUGAUUGAUUUCGGCUUUGUAUGCUCGGCGUUUGUUCCCUGUGUUCUGUGGUGGAUCUUCCACGACCGACAUUUGCAGGCCGUGUGGCGUCUGACCCUCGGACUGGGCGCCAUUCCUCCUCUGGGUCUCUUCUACCUGCGAACCAAGUUCAAGGAGAACCCGUCGUUCAUGAAAAACAACUUCAAGCGAACCCGAUUCCCCUACUGGCUGGCCAUCAAGUACUACGGAGUCCGUCUGGCCUGUGUGUCGCUCAUUUGGUUCAUCUACGACUGGGCCUCGUACUCCUACGGACUCUAUGCGUCCAGUAUUUUGGACAACCUGAACCCCAACCAGUCGCUAAUCAAGAACUUUGGAUACACCACCAUCAUCAACCUGUGGUAUCUACCCGGCUCGUUCCUCGGAGCCAUCUGCGCCGACUACCUGGGUCCCCGUCUGACCCUGAUCAUCGGAGUAGUUGCACAGGCCGUGGUUGGAUAUAUCAUGGCCGGUAUUUACACCCAUCUGAGUAAGCCCGAGAACGUGGCGGGCUUCAUUUGUAUGUAUGGCGUGUUUCUGGCGCUUGGAGAGUUUGGUCCCGGAGACCAGAUUGGUCUGAUUGCCUCCAAGACCUGUGCCACUCCCAUCCGAGGCCAAUACUACGCCAUUGCUGCCGCCAUUGGCAAGAUUGGUGCCUUUGUGGGAACCUAUUGUUUCCCUGCCAUCCAGAAGUCGGUGGGACACGGCGACCCCGACUCCGUCGAGGGUCAGCAGGGCCCCUUUUGGGUCUCGUGUUCCAUGAACAUUCUCUCGGCCGUUCUGGCCUACUUCCUGCUGCCCUCCAUCACCCAGGAGACCAUCCAGGACGAGGACCGGCUCUUCCGAGAGUACCUGGUGGGCCACGGCUUCGACGUGACUCUCAUGGGCGACGCUGAGUUUGCCGAUGGCGCCAACGCCUCCUCCGAGGACCAGACCGAGUUCAAGGAGGGCCACGAGCCCCAGCAUAGCAGCGACGAGCAGGAGCAUCUUCCUUCCAAGUUGGAGGCUAUUCAGUAG